AUGCACCCACGUUCAAAUUGUAGCUGGUGUCGAAUCAAGGUUGACUAUUUGUAUCAUUCUUCAAAGCCUCGUAUCGAUCUUCUGGCAUGGAUUUUAGUCACCAAGCUUGCACCGUCAUACUCCAAAAAAUUAGAUCACUCACUCCAUGACACUGGCCAUUUUCAGAAAUUGUCAUCAUGGCGCAAAUCAUUCAAAAGUGAAUGGCAACGAGCGCGUGAAACACCAAUAACAAUGCCAAUGAAUGCAAAAUACCGCCCUGAUGUUGGAAAGUGGGUGUGCACCUGCCUGCACUUUGUCAAGAGCUGGUUCCUUGUCUGCAAACAUCUAGUGCAAGAUGUGCAUGCAGUUAGCCCAGUUUUUUUCUUGGAAGUUCAACGGAACCGAACACUACCUUUCUGGUCACACCCAUCACUUGUUUCAUUGCAUGACAGCCUUCCUCCUAAUUCCACUGUACUGGAGCAGAUGUUGCAAUACUCAAUGAGAGCAGAGGAGGACACCCAUGAGAACACAACUGGGGUAGAGGGAAAUAUAUUUGAUAGGGAAGACGAAGAAGCGGAAGAUGAGUUUGUGGAUACAGCGGCCGGAUGGAUGGAUACACGCACCUUUCAAGAACGCUUCGAGGCACACAUCAAAAACCUCCGUGAUUUUUGCGACGGCCUCCAGCAUCAAAUCCAGUUCAACAAUCACAGGAUGCUCCAUGUCAUCGAGCGUGAGGGUGCAUCAUUCAUCCGCCUAAUGGAGAAUUGCCUUGGUCGAGAGAGACGGGAGAAUUCGUCACGGCAGAGGAGUCUGACAACAUGGGAAAAGGAAAUAUCGAAUGCGAUGUUUUACCGCACCUGUCUGCGAUCAACUGCUAGUGAUGAAAGUACAUAA